AUGGACAUUAAUCGCCAGUUCCGCUUGGAUCACCUCCGCCUCGUGCACAGUAUACUCUGCAAAUUUGCUCCUCACCGUCUCUUGGUCGCCAGCCUUGGCAUCCCCUGGAUAGUUUGCAUCGACACCUUCCCUCAGCUUAGAGGUUACGUCGAGGUGUGUAUACUGGUCUACCACCCAGAGAAGGCUCUCGUUCUGGUUGAGACCCUGUGUCUAUGCAACAAUUGCAUAAUUGAGCUCUUGAAUCCUGGAGUUGUAGUUUCCAAGCUCAAUAGCGAUGAUUGGUGCCGCCUACCGAUACUUGAGCCUGGCUAUCUGCAUGGUCUCGGUCACGUCCACUGUCCGUACGACAGUCCUCGUCUUGGGGCUCCAAGUGCGCAUAGUGUUGACUAA